UCAAUUUUUGUAGACAACCAACAAAGAAUACACUUUUUGCAUUCCAUCGCAAAUGAAAGUUUUGUAAUAACUGUGUUGAUAAUUGUCAAUUAAUUUUAUACCGUGUAAGAAAACAAUUUAGGUCUGUUCUGUGAUUGAUCGAUGUGAUCAUUGAUCACAUACCUUGUCUUGAAAACCAUAGACAAGUUGUCUCUGAUUUUCAAUACUUUAUUCCGAUUAUGAAUUGUUGAAGAACGUUAUAAAAUUGUAUUUUCCGAAGGAGUCCAUGAAAUCUUAUAGUGAUUCUGAUUGAAUAAAACCUGAUCCAGCAAACAUUGCAAGAAAUUAUCGAUGCAAAUUCUAGAAAUAUCUGAAAACUCCACAAACUCACGAAACAAAUCAUGCUAGACCAAGAAGAUGAAAGAUCUCUUGCAUAUUACGUUUGAAAACUAUCGUAUUUACCAGGCUGGACGGAAAUAAUUGAUUUUGACCUCAAAUUCUUCAUCAAAAUUCUUGUUCAAAAUACAUACAUUUACCUACCCAAUGAAAGGAAUGAUGAAGUUUCUCACGAAAAUAUGCAUAACCUAAAAACCUUUCUGCUUUUGAAGAACCAAUUGAUGAAUUCCACAUUUGAGAAGUCGGUCAAGUCGAGUUCAGUAUAAGAAUUGGACGACUCGAAACCAGUUCAGCUGGAUGGAACCGUUAGGAAUAUUGGAAAUAAGGGACUAUGCAGUUAAAAUUGGGAUAGAUCCGAAUGAUGAGCCACAAUUGCUUCCAAUUGCAGCUGAAGGGUUGAUGCAAGCUUUGCCGGCAGCUUGGAAACCUUGCUUCGACGAAAAAUCCAAAUCCUACUACUACUACAACCGAAACACGGGAAAGACGCAAUGGGAACACCCUCUAGACAGCAUCUACAGGAACAUAGUGAAGAAGGCCAAGACGGACAGCCAAUCGUACAGCCUGGGCGAGCCCACCGACGAUGCCACCUUCGCCAGAGACGACCUGCCCAGUCUCGAGGAACCUCCGGCACCCAACCUCCUGCCCAAGAAGCUGGAGCCCUUGGUACCCAAGUUGAGGGACAAAUCUGCGUCUCCUCGCAGACUGCGCCGCUCGCCCACGGUGGACCUGAACAUCAGCCCGCGCCACGAAUCGAAAUUCGUGAAGCAGAAGUCCGAGGACCACAUCCUGAUCAACAGGAAGCUGUCUGUCAACGCGGGCAACAGCUCGGGCGAGGAUCUGUUCGAGAAACACCCCAGGAUGUUUGAGACCAAGCCGGAACUGAAGGUCACGGGAGGUGGUAAUAUGUUCCUGAAGACGCACACUAAGAAACUGGAGGUAACGUUAGAUGGGCCAAAGGCUGCGGAGAAGAGGAGCAUCCUUAAGGAGAAUCUAUCCAUUGAUGGUUUGCGGGAGGUCAGCUCGGAUGCUGACACCAAAGUGGAGAUGACGCCCAGAAGCAACUCGAGUAAAGAAACAGAGGAGAACGAUAACAAACCCGAAGAAGACGACAAGAGAAGUGUCCGUUUCACCCUAUUAAAGGAAGAACCAGAAAUCCGCAUAUCUGACAGAAGCGUCAGCGAAGAAGACCAAGAUUCAUCGAGGAAAAGUCUCGUCAAUCCCGUUCUUCAAGUUUCAUUCGCUCCCCAGAACAAGAUAAAAUCUCCGUUCGCCUUGGCCAUGGAAACCGAGGUUCUGGAUAAGCCUCCGCUUCCAAAAAAGCACCUGAAGGUUAUCAAACCAAACCCCAGCGACUUCAUAAAACCCACCUUGAUGAGAACUCGGAGUUCCGACUCUGAAGAUGACUCUGUAACCGGUAGAGUGAAAAGAUUGACAAUGGAAGAGAUCGAUUUGGACAGCGAGAAUUCCCUCGACAGCCCUAACGAUAACCAUUCCAAAAAGACGAUGCAGAUGGAGAGGAUGUUGGACAAGAGGGUGGAAAGAUUCAAGGACAGGAUGUGGAGGACCAAGAAUAAGGAGCUGACGGAGUUCCAAGAGAACUUGGAGGAUUCGCAAAGAGAAGAGCUCAAGAGAAUCAUGGCUAGGGAGAACGAAACGCACGAGACGAAGAUAGCAGAGGAACUGAAGAAGCUUAGAGCUGAAGCUGAGAAGAAGAACGAAGCUAUAUUAGAAGAAGAAAGGAAGAAGCUGAGGGAGGAUUUGGAAAAGCUGAAGUUGAAACUUGUAUCUAAAUUCGACCAAGACGAAAAGGAAAUGAAGGAACAUUUCGAGAAGAAAAAAGACGAAUUGGAGAAAUAUUAUGAGGAGAAGCUGGUGGAGAUAGAGAACAGUCUGGCCGACAAUAUGGAAAGAAAUAGGGAUGAAAUAGUUUUAUCCCACAAUUCCGUACUUGAGCAAUUAAGAGAGAACAAUACUGUCAUAUGCGAGCAACUGAAGAAAGAGUUUAAAAUAGAGGAGGACCAAUUACGCGCGGACCAUAAAAACAAAAUGAAGGAAUUGAGAGAUACAUUCGCCAAAGAAUUAGAAACCAAAAAGACUGGAGACAAAUGUGAUCAAGAUGAAAAGUAUAUUAAGUUGAUGGGAGAUAAGAAAUCGUUAGAGGAUAAGUAUAAAUGUUUGAAGGAGAAAUAUAUGAGGCUUAAAACGGACGUGAGGACGACCAUAGAGAAGAGGAACAAGAAGAAGGAGGAAGGCAGGAGCGGUGCCACGACCACUGGAUCUGAGACGGAGAAGAGUUUCUCCAUACCUAAAGACAGGGCUUCGACAUCCUCUUCCCAGAAGAACACGGACAAACCACCGACCUCAAAACCUCCGAAACCCAAGGCCGAAAUACGGGGACCAAAAGAAACGAGCCCAAACGACGUCGACACCUCUUUGAGCGACAGAAGCGAAGACAAGAACAAGCUCGACUACGACACGUCCGACAACAGCCUAAGCCACGGACGCAGCCGUAAGAAGCUGUUUACCAGGAUGAGGUCCAACUCGGCCACCAGAAUGCGGAGCUCCAAGACGGCGGAACGGUCUUGUUCGCCGGUAGAGAACCUGAGGAGACAGUUGCAGAAGCUCGAGGACCUGGAGGAUCAGUUCCCGCAGAGUCAGCAGUCGGACACCUACCACCUGAGGUACCCGUUUUCCGACUCUCACAAGUUCGAAGGCUGUUCCGAAUUGGAGUUUUUCAGACAUAGGAUACACCUGGAGCGCGACUCUAUCAAGAGGGCGAAGGAGAGCCUGAGGAAUCAGAAAACCAUCUUCCAGCAGAGGCAGAAGGAGCUGAAGUUGAAGCACGGCUCGAUGGCCAGGCACACCUACCAGCAGCUGUGUCAGGAAGAGAAAGACUUGACCGAUAUGGAGGUUUCCUUGCAUCGAACCCGGAGUCUUCUCGGCGAGAAGGUGAUAAGAUUGCGUCACCUCGAGCAGACACUGCAGAGGGCAACUGUGACCAACGAUUCGAAAUACGACGAUGCCACCCUCAGCGAUCUGUCUUCCCAUAGUGCCAGUUCGGGAAUCAGCUCCACCGAGUUUCUAGGUAUCGAUAUGCAUUUUUCAAGAAGUCUUCCCAGGGAGGACAGCAUGCAAGAACCUUCGGAAAUCAUCCAGAGUUUGGAAAAUUUGAACUCGGAAAUAAGGGAUAUUUGGGAAGUGUUGAGGAAACAGCAACAACAGUCCGGAGGUAUUGCAGCUGUCAUCCCCCCCUUCGUCUACCCCGACCUUGGAUGGCCUGUCUUGGCUGGUGCCGCAGCCAGUCUUCCAGCGCCGCCAUCUAUACCCACCUUGGCGGACCGUCUCAACUCCUACAGGCAGCACCUGGCGCUGGCCAACGCACAAAGCACGGUGGUGACACACGCAGCCAACCAGGGUGCCACCACCUCUUUGGUGGAGCGCACACGCAACCUUAGACACUGGCUGAAACAGGCCGGCAUAGAGAAUAACGGUGAGACCAGCAAUCCUCAGGCUGACCUGUGAAGCUAUAUCGAUUAAUUAUCAUAUUGUAUCUUAUAGUUGCAAUCGUUAGGCGAAUACCACUUAAGAUAUCAGUUCCUUAUCAUCAUGCACUUGAUCGAGCAUUUGGAGAUGAAACUUCGACCUUUUUUAUCGAAAUGGAUCGGGGAGAAUCGAAUAGUUUCCGAGAACAUUCGAGUGUUCUCGAGAGAGUUCUCGAGAAUUUCGUUUUCCUCUAUGCGCUCGUUCGAGCAUUUGGAAAAGAAGUUUCAACAUUCAUUAUCGCACAAUACGAUCUGGAGAUUUGAAGAAUCGAAUACCAGCUCCCGAGAACAUUCAGUUAUCUUGUUUGGUUCUCGAGAACCAGGUGAGUGUUAGAGUUGAAGGUGAGAGUUCUUGAGAAUUUUUGGUUCUCGGACGUAUUUCUCGGUAAUGUCAUACAAAACUGAAAUAACACCAUUGGAAAUACGUCUUCUCACUUCUUGAGUGAUCAUUCGAUUCUCGAGUGUUCUCGAGAACUCCAUUUUACUCUAUGAGCUCGUUCGAGCAUUUGGAAAUGAAGCUUCAACAUUCAUUAUCGCACAAUACGAAGUAGAGAUUUGAAGAAUUGGAUACCAAUUCUCUUAUGUGGUUCUCGAGACCAGGUGAGAGUUCUCGAGAUAUUUUGGUUCUCGGACGUAAUUCUUGGUAAUCUAAUACAAAACUGAAAUAACAACAUUGGAAAUACGUGUUCCCAAUUCUUGAUCAUUCGAUUCUCGAGUGUUCUCGAGAACUUCGUUCAGAAUUCUCGAAUGUGUUCGAUUCUUCUCGCCAUAAAUAUGAAAAACGAUCUAGCCAAACGUACACUUGCCUGAUAAAUUAGUUGCCUGACGGAAAUGUUGUGAGCCAAUGGUAAUACGAUAUUAUUUUGAUGGGUAUCUUUUCAACAUUGGUGAAAAUUAUGAAUUUUACUAGGUCGCUAAAAUAGGUGACAGUGGGACACAGUAACAAAACCUACACAUGUUUCCUUAUUCGCACAGCUGUGGCCUCUUCAAAAGUCAUUGUGGAAAAUCUAUUUUAUUCUUCUUUCAAAAAUUGUUAAUUCUUAAUUCCACACUCUAUGCUGUUCACAAUAAUCACCUGAAAAGUGUAUAGGUUUCCUUCAAUAAUGCGAUCUCUUUCCUUUUAGCUUUCCCAAAAUUUUUCAGAAUAAAUAAAAAAACAUUAUGAAUACUGCGCUAAAAGAACAUAUAGAAUAAUUAUUCAAUAAAUUUGAUGGUAUAGUUGAUACAAAAUUUAUAAAUUUUAAAAAAUGUCUCUCCAAAUGUGACACAUGUUGACUACCUAGCUUCCAGUACUUCUUUCCAUGUAACGGCUUAUCGAGUUAUUAAUAACAAUUUAAUCUAAAUUACCUACAAAAAAAUUACAGGAUGAACAUCGAUGCACGUGACAAGAUUCCCAAAAGUUUCCUAUGGAGAAGUUCAAAAGCAGAAAUGAAAGAAGCAAUAAUAAUGAGUUCCCUUUAAUAGACAAAAACAAUUCAUUAAGCCGCACAUAAUUUUACCAUUGUUGAUAAAAAAAAAAUCAGGGAAACUAUUCCAUGUUGAACUUUCUAAAGUUUUCUUAACUUGUAUUACAUUUCCCUAUGCCUUAACCAUUAAGAACUGAAUGAAAUUUCAUUGUGAUAUAAUUUUUACACAGAAAAAUUUUGUACAGUUGAUUGAUUGAUGUUUCAAUAUUUUCUUAUCGAAUGAAUAUUAUUGUCGUGAAUAUGUUGAAUCUGAUGAAGCCAAAGUAAAAUAAAAAAAAUUAUUUAAGA